GCGGCCACACUCAAGUCACACAUCACGGGGCAGUAGUUUGGAGCUGCCUGUUCUUCUCACGAAACCUCAACAUUCCCUUGACACCCUCAAUACUCCUUCAUCGGAGUUUGUGUCUUUUACACCAUCCUCUCCCGUCGACUCACACGCCAGCGCAGUGUUUGACAGCACUGCCGCCGAUAAGUAAACCAGAGUUCAAGGCAGCUCACCCGCACGCGUCAUGGCGGUCAAAGGCAUGGUGCCCAUCCUCGUGGGCAUGAUGUUGUUGACAGGAUGCUGCAACACGCUGCUCACCAAAUACCAAGUACAUACCUUACACGACUGACCGCAGGAACUGACCUGCUAAUUUCACCCAGGACAUGCAAUGCGUCGGUAACUGCGACUCUCCAAACCCAAAGUACCGCAAGCACUUCGAGCAACCCGUCCUCCAAACACUCCAGAUGUUCAUCGGCGAGAUGGGCUGUUGGCUCGUCAUCGGCCUCUUCUCGCUCUGGCAGCGCUACGCCGGUGUGCGCGCGGGCUACGAAGCUAUUCCCAGCAAUGAUGGUAUUGUAACGCCGGCGAGCGACGAGAGCGAGACGAGAGAUGUUGCGAAUCCGCUCAAACCUGCUCACCCAGAUGAUGAGGGGAGGAUUCCACUCGAGGGUAGGAGCGUGUUCUUGCUCGCGCUGCCGGCGUGUUGCGAUAUCGCUGGCACGACCUUGAUGAACGUGGGACUGUUGUUUGUGGCGGCGAGUAUCUACCAGAUGACGAGGGGCGCGCUGGUGUUGUUUGUUGGUCUGUUCAGUGUGUGGUUUCUGAAGCGCCAUCUUGGACUCUACAAGUGGUUCUCGCUUUUCGUUGUUGUCUUUGGCGUCGCAAUUGUGGGACUGGCAGGUGCGAUCACGAAGGACGACAAAGCAACACCGAAUCAUAAGUCGACUCACUCAGACAUCAUGGCUAUGGACACGGCGCCAGCCAUGUCUCAGGCGCUCAUGACAGUCAUCGGCGUGCUGCUCAUUGCCGGCGCGCAGAUCUUCACCGCCACGCAGUUCGUUCUUGAGGAGAGGAUCAUGGAGAAGUACGCCAUGGAACCCAUCAAAGUCGUGGGCUGGGAAGGUAUCUUCGGUUUCCUCGUCACCAUGAUCGUGAUGAUCAUCCUGCACUUCGCCGUGGGCACUGGAUACUUCAACGCGAAGGAGGGUCUGUACCAGAUGACGCACUACAAGGGUAUCGCCAUCUCCUCCAUCCUGAUCAUGAUCAGCAUUGGUGGCUUCAAUUUCUUCGGCCUGUCUGUGACUCGCACCGUCUCCGCCACGUCACGCUCCACCAUCGACACAUGCCGCACGCUCUUCAUUUGGGUCGUAUCGCUUGGCCUGGGCUGGGAGACUUUCAAGUGGCUCCAGGUUCUGGGCUUUGCUUUCCUGGUGUACGGAACGUUCCUGUUCAAUGAUCUGAUCAGGCCGCCGCUCAAGGCGUGUGUGGAGAGGAAGCCGGAGCCUCUGCUGCCUGAAGACCCCAUGGAGCAUCACUGAAUGUGGAAGAGGGGGUAUGUUGUACAUAGUGCGGGAAGAGUGCAUAUUGGGUCUAGCAUUGGCAUUUGGCGAGGUGUUUGAACAUUGCAUGCAUCGAACUACAACACUACAAAUACACAUUUUACUGCCUGUGUUAGUGUUCCCGCGCUCUCGUACCCUCCAGAAAUCCGCCACUAGGUCAUGGGCCGACAUCAGAUAUUGGACGUCUUCGUAAGCGGUUUUAGAGUCAACGUCAACGCUGAAAGCAUUUCUG